AUGUCCACAAAACUAUACGUCGGUAACCUGAGUUGGAACACCACCGACGACACUCUCCGUCAAGCCUUCGGAGACUUCGGUCAUGUUGUCGAUUCCAUCGUGAUGCGCGACCGUGAGACGGGCCGCUCGCGCGGCUUCGGCUUCGUCACCUUCGGUUCCGAGGCUGAGGCGCAGACCGCCAUCGCCUCCCUCCAUGAGCAGGACCUCGACGGCCGGCGCAUCAAGGUCAACAUUGCCAACGCCCGCGGCAGCGGUGGCGGCGGCGGCGGCGGUGGAGGUGGCGGCUACGGCGGUGGAGGCUACAGUGGAGGCGGUGGAUACGGCGGCCAGGGUGGUGGUAGUGGCUACGGCCAGCAGGGCUACCAGGCUAGCGGCUACGGCGGUGGCGGAUACGGUGGCCAGCAGGGUGGCUACGGCGGUGGUCAGUACUGA